AUGAUGCAAAUAGACAUGCCAAUCACCACCCCACCGCCUGACACAUUGAGAUGCAUUCCAGAGUUUGUAUUGGAGAAUGUUGUUGUAUUGAUAACAAUGUCCCGCCGUACUGUGGGCGCUAUCACCGACGAAGCGGACAUGGCCGGGACACGUUUGGCUGAAUGUCUGGAAGCCAUGUUGCCGAACCAUCCUGAUGAUCAACAGCCACUCAGUAACAUCGCCUUCUUCUACAGGGAACAGAACAUCCACAAUGUUCAAAUAACAUCCUCACAGACUUCAGAGGCAAAUUUACAGAAACGUGCUCACUUUGCCGAUUGGUCGACAAAUUCAUCAGAGUUCCACAUACUGUUAGAAGUCAAGAGAGAAUUUAUUGAACAAUUUAUUAGUUCACUCUCCACCAUAUUUGCUGAACUGGGGUAUUAUAGAAGAGUUUGUGGACCCGAGGCCGACGGCAUUCCACGUCGUACUACUUUAGAAGGCUGGUUAGCAAGAUGGGCGCUGCAAUUGAGUAAAAUGAAGCGAUUUAAUAACUACCUAAUACUCGACUACAGAACCUAUGUCCACUGCUUCACUAAUUGGUUGAUGGGUAAGAACCCUAAUGGUCCCGGACAGUGGGUCCUCGUUCCUCCUACAGAUCCCUUACCGCAGCCGCCAUUUCCAGUUGACUACAGCGCUUUGAAAACCGAACCAGUGAAACUAGAACCUUAUGCCCCAGACAAAAAGACCAAUAGGCAUUCAGUUAUCGUUUAA